GUUUUGUUUCUCUCAGGUAGUUAACAGGGGGCAUUUUGGAUCAGUAAUCAGUAAUUUCUUGUUUAAGAUUAUAUGUUUUACACUCAUAGUUGACUUAAUUGUUAUUUUUUAAUUUAUGAAUAUAUAUUUAUAUGUGCGUCUGAGCCGUUAGCCAGGGCGUACGCUGAGGAGCUGGCCAGGCACGGCAUCAACAUCAUCUUCAUCACUCAGGACGACGCCUUGGUGCGAGACGCUGCCGCCUCCCUGUCUCAAACCUACGGGGUGGAAACGUUUGUGGUGACGGUUGUUUUCUCUCCGGGCCGAGCGGCGAUCAAACCCAUCGGAGACGCCCUGAGUGGGAGGGAYGUGGGCUUCCUGGUGAACUGCGUGGAGGAGGAGCUGGCGUCCCCACAGAGCCUGAUCCAAGUGCCCGAGCAGGACCUGCUGGAUCAAGUGAACAAGAACGUGGCAGUGGUUACUCUACUGACUCGGCUGGUUCUGCCGGGCAUGGUGGAGCGCAGCAGGGGGGCUGUGGUCAACAUAUCAUCAGGGCCCUGCUGUAGACCCCUUCGUGGACGAGUGGCUCUCACAGCGGUCACUGGAUACUUGGAUCAUUUCUCUAGAGCUCUUCACCUGGAGUACAGCGACAAAGGCAUCUUUGUCCAAAGUCUACUACCUUUCCAGAUCGCUUCAAGCAGGAGUCAACCAUCAUCACCAUCAUCAUCACCAUCAAGAGAAGGCUGGUUUGUUCCCAGUCCGGAGGUUUAUGCUCGACAUGCUGUCUCUACGCUGGGCGUGUCUAACAGAACCACAGGCUACUGGCCUCACACUCUGCAGUACGGCCUGAUCAGGUGUGUUCCUGACUGGAUCUGGAUUCUUGGCUCACGGAUGUUCAUCGGUUCAAGUUAGGAGCUCAAAGUGUUGAGUUUGUUACACCAGAAACAACAAACAUGAAUGACUUCAGACAAUAAAUUAGUUACAACAGCAGGCCCUGGUAAAAGAUGUCAGUUUGUUUUGCUGGUGAAGCUUUAAAGAAAUGUUACAUCCAUUUUUUUUUUUAGAUGAACCUUCAGCUCAGAUCUGAAUUCCUGUUCAAACUGCAGCAGAGCUGGGUGUAAAAUUAUUUGUUCAAUUCAGAGAAUUGGUGAAGAUCUGUAGAGCUUCAGAAACCAUAAAAUCAGUUUAUUAAAGGUAGACAAUGCUGAAAAAAAUAAAAAUUAACUAAACAUUAUGAUUUAAUUAUGUACCGACAAGUUAUUUAUACGUUUGACCUGCUUAUUGUGUUUUAAUCUAAACAGAUUAAAGAGAAGUUAUCAGGUUUGUGCUGCUUCUGCAGAUCAGAUCAAACCCAACCUGUACAAAUAAACAUUUAAUAUUUAUCAUGAAAAAUAAGCUACAAACUUWGAAAUAUCAUAUCAAAGUAAUGUUUUCAUCAUUGUUUGAUGGAGCUGUUUGACAGGUUGCAAAYUACUAAUACAUCAAAUUAUCAUAUUUCUUCAUCUCAUCCCACAGAUUGAACAAAAAACAAACUUGAAACAUGUUUAAGUUUAAAUGAGUAUUUCUUACCUCUUUGAUUCUGUUGUGUAAUUAUGUCUUCAGCUGCUGUGUAGUAACACACAGUUGUGUUUGUGCCAGUGUGUGAUGAGGAGGAGGAGUGAAUCUGUGAGAGUUUGAAGCAUCUUGAGAAUUAAAAUGACUUAGUUGAGAUUUUGUGCCAAAGUGAGUUUUGUGUGUAGCUUUUUGUUGCAGUGAGUUUGAAGUUGUCACAGUGAAAAUMUGAAGUGUGUAAAGUGAUCUGUGCUCAGAUUUGGACCAAUAAAACUCAUUCCCACAUCA